GAACCGACAUCGCAAUUUUGUGUUUGUUUACAAUCAGAAUCAACUCAUUGCCCAUAGACAUGAUGUGUAGGCCUACUUCAUAUAUUGAAUUCAACACCUUCUAUGAUUCUGCAAUACUUGACUAAGUAUAAAAGAGCACAAAUAGAACUAUCAAAUGGAAGCAUCACCAAAAGACACACCUUCAAUAUUUUUAAACAGAAAAUUGAGAAGAAAACUUGCUAGAGAAUUUAUCAGAAGGUUUUGUAGUGGUUUCUCUGGAGGGAUCCUGCUGUUUGCUGGGGUGAGAAUAGUCACUGCGCUAUUAAGAAAUCCAUUUAGAGAAAGCCUUCCCAAGAUAUGGCAGGGUAUUUUAUCAGAGGAAUGUGCCAGGGUGGCAACCUUUUUUGGUCUCUAUCCCAGCUUGUACCACCUACUGGUUGAUGUCCUGUCUGUGUGGAGAAAAAAUGAUGGAUGGAAUUUUGGGAUAUCUGGUGGUCUAGCAGGUCUGUCUGUGGCUAUAUUGGACAAGACAAAAAGACAAACAUUAGCAUUUUUUACACUGUCUAGAGCACUGGGUGCUGGCCUUUCCACUCUAGUGGCCAGAGGGGUGAUAACUGCCAUCCCAUUUUUCGAAGUUAUGGUUUUCUGCCUUUGUACAAGUAUCAUUGUGUACUGUGUUGCACUUAGACCUCAGUACCUUAACACUGGCUACUAUAGGUCCAUUCUGAAAUGGUCACGUGACUAUACAGAUAAAAAUCUACAGAUCAUGUUCAGAGUUCCAGGGACAAGGUAUAUCACAUGUGACGAAGGGGGUCUGCAUGAAGGUUCUUGUGUACAGCACAGGCUAAAGGAUCUGUUGAAAUCCCUGCCCGGAUUUGCCAAGUUAUACCUCCCCAUCCAUGUCACUCCCAUUGUCAUAUUUAAGAGAAAAGUUGUAGCUGAGAGACCACUUUAUGUCUUGAAAUCUUUGGUGAAAAACAUGAUAUUGUCCACAACUUUUUUGGGGCUGACUGUUGCCCUGGCCAAAAUUACCAUCUGUGUCCUGCGUAAUGGCCUGCACCAGCCACCACCACUUGCUGGCUUUAUCCCAGCUUUAGGUGGUUUUGUUUGCGGGAUUGCAUUACUUCUGGAAAGGCACAGCAGAAGGAAAGAGUUAUCCCUCUUUGUCAUCCCCCAUACCAUCAACAUUUUAUACAUCGCCAUCAAACGUUCAAAGCUAGGACCUGGUCUGCGUAUACCACACGGCUUCACACUGUUGUUUGCCCUCUCCAUGAUGUCAGUGAUGCACGCAUAUGAACGGGAACCUGAGUCCCUCAGUUUGCUGAUCAAUGGACUUCUGAAAUUCUUUGUUGGGCCCAGGACAAGACCAGUCACAAAGCCCCUGUCUCAAAAUAACAAUAUAGUUUCCUAAUAAGAAGAGCUCUGAAAAUGAAAUUCAGACUAGAAGUGUCUUAUCAGUGGUUCAUAUAUAUCUAAAUUUUUUUUAUUAUCUUAGUAAAUUACUUUUACAUGUAAAAAUAUAUAUUUUAAAGCGCCUUAUUAAAAAAUGAAAUUUUCAUCUAACAUAUCCAGAUGCUUUUACAAAUAAUUCUUUGCGGGUAUAAGUUCUGUACAGUUCAGGACAGUGUGAUAUUUGUUUCAGAUUAUUUUCUAUGACUGUUUUAUGGAGCAACACUAAAGAACAUAACAUUUUUAUCUAUUUUGUAAACAUUUUUUUUUUACAAAUCAAAUGUGUAACUCAUAAAUGUUGUCCGUAACAUAUUUUACUAAACUAUAAUUUUAUUUGCAUAUGUCUUAGUAUUUACUGUUGACUACUAACACAACAUUCCUUUUAUAUCAAAUUUACUAUAUAAAAUAAAAUGUUUGAAAUGUAUGUGGCAAACUUUAUUCACUGCAAAAUCAAAUUGCUUUUUGUAGUUCUAUUCUUAUAAUCAUCAUACUAACUUUACAGUCCUUGAGUAUUACAAUUUUUACAUUGUGCAAUUAUAUUUACUAUCUUUACAUUUAAGAUUCCAUUAGUACCGGCACAUUUACUUAAAUUAAAAAAUGAAUUUUUUAUAUUAUUGUUGUACAGGCUAAACCAACUGAGAUUGUGAAAUACAGAUUUUUCAGUAUUCUUUUUAAAAAAAUAAUAACUGUCUACUUAU